GCCCGGACCCGCAGCCGCCGGGGCUGCUGCUGCGCGGUGCGGCGUGGGGGUGGCAGCCGGGGGGGGGGGCUGCAUGGAGGCGCCUGGGGGAUCAGGCACAGGGUCUGGCCAGGCAACGAGUCCCCACAGGGUCCCUGGCCUGUUUCUCCCCUCCGUCCCAACAUGUCCAUGCUGGGUGGCAGCUCCCCUGGCCCCUCCUGGUCUCCUCUUGGAGGAUGCUCUGGACAGGGUUUGCCACGCACUUCCCUGCCCACGGGGUCAGUGUUUGCUCAGAAGCUGCCCUGCCCCGGUUGCAAAGGCCGAGGCAGAGCCAGGAGCCUCCUGCUCCCCUUCCCUCCCCUCGGCCCAGUCACCUCUGCUGUGCUUAGCUUGGCCAGGGAGGAGGAGGGAUCUCCAGUGUGCUGGGACCACCCUGGCUUGUGCCCCACAGCCGGCUGGGCACUCCCUGGCUGUGGAGCCCUGGUACCCUGUGUGUCCUUGCUGCAGGGCGUGGGGACGCUGAGUACGGGGACCUCGAGGACGAAGGUAAGACCCUGGUGCCAUCGUCCAAGUGUGGCUCUGGCCCCGGCUGCAGCAGCAUCGCCAUGGCCAUGGGCUCUGCUGCUGGUGGAGGUGGUGUCCGCACCCCUGGUGGACGGGGCCCUGCCCUUACAUGGCCCCGCGGGUCCUGCUGGCACCAAUAGCACCAUCUGUCCUUCCAGGUCACUACCUGUACCUGGAUGAGGAUGGGUCUGGCCGGUGCUCUGCAGGACCACUGGAGGUCCUGGGGGGGCCGGGCCGCUGCCAGGACACCUACCAGGACUGGAUCUCCCUCUACUGCUGGGCCCCCUUCCACGCUGCCCUCAUGGCCACCCCCGAGGGCAGCCGCUGCUGCUGGGACCAGAUCAGCAGGCCGGCCUCAUGCCGUCCCCUCCACAGCACCUACAGCGAGCUCUCCAGCUGCACCCAGCUGCUAGCCCAGCUGCUCUCCUGCCCGUGGCCCAGCGCCAUCCUCGACACCUUCUUCCUGCAGGUCCACGCCGAAUACUUCACCAACUGCACCGGGGCCAGGCCCCCCAGGCUGGGAGGGCUGCCCCCCAGGAUGGCUGUGGCUGUGGCUGUGGGGCUCAGCUGCCUCGUGCCCCUUGCAGCCGCCCUGACGCUCACCAGAGCCCGGAAAGGGGCUCAAACCCCAGUGGGCAGCUGCCCAGCCCCUGCCUGCCUCUGUGCCUGCGAGGGGCUGGCAACAGCCCCCUUCCCUCCCAGCCCUGGGAACUAAUGAGCAGGACGAGUGGGCCAAGGGUGAGGGGGACAGGGCAGAGCAGGUAGGGGAGUCUGGGCAUCCCUGGGGAUGGAGUGGGUCCCGUGGCACCAGGGGAGGCUGGGCCCAGGGCUCCGGAUGCCUGCAUCUGCCCCAGGGCAGGGAGCGUCGGGAGAAGGGUCCCAGGCGCCGCUGGGGUCCUGACCCUGCAUGGGCCAAGCCCCUUCCUUGGCACCCCCGGAUGGGGGCUGGCAGGGAGCGCCAGGGAUGCCUGGCUAGGGGGGCGGGAGCCCCAGGCCUUGGCUGGCAGCCACUGUCUCAUCCCUGCCUGUCCUGUCCCUGCCCGUCCCCUCUGGACGCCCCAGGAGGGGGGCGGCCAUCCCAGCCCCAGGGCCGUGCUGAGAUCAUUGGGUGUCUCCCUGGCAGAGGCUGCUGCCGUCCGGCUGGAGGCUCCAGUGGCUCCAACAAAGAGCGGGACCAGGGGCUCCAACCCUUCUGCCCCCAGGACGCUAUGGCCUGAUGGUUUCCAGAUGCGGUCACUCGCCCGCAAAAGGUCCCACAGUGCCCUGGAGCGGUGGCUGCCGCUGCCUGGGGAGGGUCGGGUGGCUCUGCCAGGAUGUUUGCCGGGGAGCAUGAAGCCCAGCGAGAUCGUCUUUCUGCAGUAGGGAGGCUCCCUCCGAGCUGCGCUUCAUCAUGCUCCGAUUCAUGCUCUGUGCGUCCCGCGGGCAGGCUGUUAAAGGGGCAGCUUUGGGCUCGUGCUCUGCCCUGGGGCCAGAGGUGAAAUGAGCUCAACCAGCCUCAGCCUGGUCCUCAGGUGGGAACGCUGCAGACCCACGGGGCUGGGCUCGUCCUCGGUGGCGCUGCUCUGCGGGGGGAUGCAGGCCCCGCAGGCGGGAGCUGCGCCAGGACCGAGGGGCUCCAGCAGAGCCGGGCAGGCACCGGGCUGGGCGGUGCGGGAGGAAGGCGUCGGGGCGGAGGACUGGCAACGUCAGCCAAGUCUCUGCCCUCUCCCCAUCUCCCCGCCUGCGUGGGCCUCACACCCGUGGGCAGGUCGCACCAUCGCCCUUCCCUUCCCGGCUGCAGGCAGGGGCCAGGGGGCUGCUCUGGCGAUGCCCACCACGGGGCAGGUGGCCCUGUGAGCCAGAAGCUGUGGGUGCCGGGACUGUGGGUCCCCCUGCCGCCCCAGCGCCCGGGCGGCAGCGCCUGUCCGGGGACAUUACGCUUCCCCGUCCACUCCCCCCCCCGGCUGUCGGGCUGCCUGCCCUCCACGCAGGAGACGAGGGAUUUCACAACCCAGCCCAGACAGGAUUAAAGAGAAAUACACAAGUAAACAAAUAGCGGCCUCGUAAAACUGGACGUGCUGCGCGGGGAGCGGAGCCUCUGGGCCGCUGGGUGAGGCGCGGGCUGCCCGGGUGCCGGGGCGCGGGAGCGAUGCCCACGGGGGCCGGCACCGCGCCGCACGGCGGCGGGGUCCCGCCGGGAGAGCCGCUUUAAAGCAGAGCUAAGCAAUCUCAUUUUUCACACGUCUCCUGUAGUCAAACUGCCCCUGUCAGAGGAAAGGAGUUGCUUCCUGUUAUUUCCAUUGAAAUACUUGUCCCGGUCGUUAGCCGGCAGGCUUUUGCAGGA